AUGGACGUUGGCACCGCCGCGGAAACUGGGCGUCGGAGAAAGAGGAAUCGGAAAUAUCCCCGUCGGCGGCAGCCUCGGCAUAACGGCCCGGCCCGCUCCGACUCCGCCGCCGUCGUCGCCGCCAUGAAUCCGGUCAACGCCACCAGCCUGUACGUGUCGACUUGUCGCUACAUCAUGCAGUGCGAGCCGCAGGAGCCGGGCUCCUUCUCUGAGCUCUACAAACUGCUCCCCUACCUGCGCCAGUCUCUCUCCUGCUGUGUCUGCGGAAACCUACUAAAAGAACCAAUUGCUCCUACAAACUCCACUUGCCAGCACUAUGUCUGCAAAAUGUGCAAAGGUAAAAAGAUGAUGAUGAAGCCCUCCUGUAGUUGGUGCAAAGAUUAUGAACAGUUUGAAGAAAAUAAACAACUGAGCAUCCUGGUGUGCUGCUACAAGAAACUAUGUGAAUAUGUAGCAGAAUCCCCAAUUUCACAGCAUCUAGCUACUGUUAUGGACGGUGCUCCUGACAUCUUAACCCUGCUGCAAGAGGGACUUUCGUUAGACGAAGAGAGGCAAGGAACUUCUGCUUUGACCAGUACUUUAAAUUUGUCGAAUUCCCCAACCCCAUCAACCUCAGAAUGCACCAGUGACCUGGAAAUGGCAGCAACACCACGAAUCAUUGAAAAUAUUCAAAACAGUGAACGAGUUUCAAGCAAUGCUGAACUGAUCUGCUCUAGUUUCAAUGGGUUGUCUGGUUGCAAUGGACUUCCAGCUGGUGAAUUUACUGUAAAUAUUAUUUCUUCAGAAAAUUCAGAAAGGCUUAAUACAUCCUGCACUGAGGAGGACUUCAAAAAUAGAGACAUUUCUGAAGGCUUGCAGGCAGUCAACGAAGUAGUUUCUUGUAGUAAUGUCGAUGUAGUGGGAGUUGACAUUUGCAGUUAUGGUGAAGACAUAAAGCCGAUUGGUUCUUUGUUAUUUACUGGUGGACAUGUAUUUCAAGACUUAGAAACUGUUGCAAAUAAUCUUGAGGCCUGUAGCAAUUACUCACAACCUAUUUCUGAGGCAAGUACACCCAAUGGACCUCUUAUAGAUGCCAAACCCAUGUCCUUGCCUCCUAAAAGCAGUAUUUUUGUUUCCAGCAAUGCACCUCCUCAUGGUAUUCCCUGUGUAGCAGCAACACCUAAAAUUGUACGAGGGAAUCGGAAACGUUCUCGAUCGGAGAGUGACAGUGAAAAAAUUCAACCCCUACCUAUUUCCAGCAUUAUACACGGCCCAACAUUAGGGGCUGCUGCUCCUGUUCCUGCCAAACGAGAGACCAAGUUGUCCACAGAAACUGUAGUCACAGUGCCAAAUGGGGGCACACUAAAAGUGGGCAAAUCCUUGCUUGCGGCCAGUAAAAGUGUUAAAAAGCAUGCAGAACAUGGAGCAAAGAAAUCACACUCAAAAGUAAAGCAGGGAACGACCAAAUCUAAAACCAAGGAGAAAGUUCAUAGCAGUACUGUUAUGCCUGGUAGCCCAUCAAAAAUAGCGUACAAAAAGCCCCAAGAGAAGAAGGGGUGCAAGUGUGGACGUGCCACACAAAACCCAAGUGUUCUUACGUGUCGUGGGCAACGUUGCCCUUGUUACUCAAAUCGCAAGGCCUGUUUGGACUGCAUUUGCCGUGGUUGCCAGAACUCAUACAUGGCCAAUGGCGAAAAAAAAUUGGAGGCUUUUGCUGUGCCAGAAAAAGCCUUGGAGCAGACCAGGCUUACUGUGGGCAUCAGCCUAACCAGCAUCAGCAACGCAGUGCGUAAUGCAAGCACGAGCGCAAGUGUCAUCAAUGUGACAACGGGGUCACCCAUACCAACUUUCCUAGCUGCCAGUCCACAUGACGACAAAAGCUUGGAUGAAACUAUUGACUAUAGAUAUGACUGUUAGAUUGGAAUUGAUCUGGUAGACCUUAGGCUUGUCCCUGUUCAUGGGGACGGCUACAUCUUUAAGGCAGCUAUAGUUCUGUUUUUGGGGAAAAUAGACUUAGUUGAACUUGCCGUAGUGCUUUGGGUAUAGAUCACUUGAAGUAAACGUAAAUCAUCAGGCCUGGCUCCAAAAAGGAGGAAUAGGUUAAUUUGUUGAAUAAGAUGUAAUUAAUGAACUGUUGCAAGUGACUUAUACUGAACAAUCUUUGGCAAGAGAAAUUUGACCUCAUUGUUGCUGCUUAUGCAUUGUGCAUAAUCGCAAAAGGUUAAGGUGUAAUUUAAAAAAGCAGAAAAUGGUGAACUACAGUACGAACAGUUUAAGAAAAUUACAUGUAGAAUAUAAUGUCACUUUUUAUAUGCAGAUUAUUUUUGUGUUCUCUAAAUCAAAAGAAACAUUGGUUUUGUUUUAUUUUGGUAAUGUCAUUAGAUGACCCAAGAAUAUAUUUAAAACAAAAUGCCUCAUUAUUUUCUAAUGACUGCAUUAGCAUGAAUCAGUUGCACAAAGCAAAACACUCCCAUUACACCUGUGUAGUUACACAUUCAAGUAGAAAUAAGGAUGACACUUUAUAGACGCACAUGAUAUAUAUUUUCUUCCCUCAGGUCUGCUUGUUUCAUUAGGAGAACCAUCUGGUGCUCAAUAUGUAAUUCUGUCAUGAAUGGUGGUUGCUGGAAGACCCCACCCCACCCUGCACAUGCACUUAGAUGCCUACAGUUGAAGAGGGUGUUGAAGCUAUGUUAACGAAAGUGUGUACAGAUGAAGCUUAUUGAGUCAGCUAAGUUGUGCACAGGUGUCUGUUAAUUUGGCCAGAAAUAUUUUGUGCAAGCAUUUCUCUACAAUAUUUGAGGGGCUUAUUCUGUUAUGAAUUCAGAGUUGCAUAAUAAUCUGCUACUAUGCUGGAUGCAGGCUACAGUUCUCCACAGUCUCAGUGGUGAUAUGAAAAGCAGCGUGGUGAAGAAUUGACAUUGAUUCACCCCAAAUGUGCAUAUUAUAGCAAUGCCUCUGCAUUACUGGCUAUCUGCCAUUGGGUAGCACAGCACUUAUUUUGUACUAUAUUUACGAAGUGUACCCGUGGCUUCUGGUGCCAGAUAGUUAGUACUGCAGCUGGCAGUAAAUUGUUGGCAUGUCUGACCACAUUGGCAAAUUCAGGUUUCACAUUGGCACAAAGUCAGCUGCAUAACAAAACAACCAAUACCUGUGUAAUUAUGCAAUUUGGUCCACUUGUUCAUUAAAAUUGAAAGGAAUCAAUACAAUAAAUUUUUCUAAGGCACUUCAAAAAUGGGGACUAGUGCAUGUGCUCUUCUCUUCCCCCUCACGCCCCUUUUAAAAAAGAUCCAGUAUUUCAUCAUUAAUAUCUCUUAAUCCCGUUACAUGUGUCAAUGUGGCUGAACUGCUUGUACCACUGUCCACCAUUGUAAUGAUGUAUAUGAAAUUACUCCUCAGCCUCACUUCUGGUUUGGCACAUAGCAUGCACAACAAUGGUUACUCACAUAGUGUAAAUGUGCAGGAAAACUUUCACAUACAGAAGGAGAUUGAAUGGCACCUUUUUGUUUUUAUAGUGUAGCUGGUGUCAUAUCCUGUGAAUGUGGUCAAGUAGUGUUUUGAAGCCAUAGGAAUAAUGUGAUGUUUUGUGUCCAGUCUGUACUUUAAUUUUUUGUUUUCUGUUUUUUCCUUUUUUUGUUUUGCGAGAAGAAUUGAAAACUAUUUUUGAUAAUGAGAGUAAAUGGUGGAAAAUG